AUGGCGCGUCGCAAAACAUUCCAAGAGGCCAUGGAGCUCGUGCCCCUCCCGGCCGCCUCGCCCAACCCCAACUCGACCUCCGGCGCCUCGUCCCUCACCAACCCGGACGGCAGCAGCAACGUCACCCGCUACAUGAGCCGCCGCCCCGCCUGGCUGCCGGGCGCCGACCUGCGCGCCGAAAUCGCCGAUCUCGGCCGUGGACGGCCCGGGUUCCCCGUGCACGAGGCCGCGUUUGGCGGACACGUCUAUGCGCAAUCCGUGCUGGCCGUGUGCCAGACGCUAGAGCAAGACGCCGCCGCGACGCACGCCGCGGGCCGCCGUGUCGACGUGUCGGCGCUGGGCCUGCACACGAUCCACGGCUACUUUACGGCCGCAGGCAAGCCGGACCGGCCGUUUGUCUACGAGGUGGCCGUGCUGACGCGGGGGCGGUCGUUUGUGACGGCGCGCGUCGAGGCGCGGCAGCCGCUGGUGCCGAGCGGCCCGGCGGCGGCGCAGGCGCAGACGGGUCGCGCGGUGCCCGACGAGGACACGGAUUUCCGGGGGGACGCGGCGGGCGACGGGCCGCUGGGGGUUGUGUGCUUCACGGCGAUUGUGUCGUUUGUGGCGCCGCGGCCGCACAGCUUCGGCGCGGACUGCCAGGAGGCGCCGGUGCAGCAGCGCUUUGCGGCAAUCCUGGGCGAGCGGGCGCCGGCGGCCUGGGCGCCGUCGCCGCCCGUCGACAUUGACGUGCUGCUCGACGUGCUGGGCCGCCGCGACGUCGUCGGCACGUUCCCCAUGGUGGACAUGAAAAAGGUGGACAUGACGCGCUUCAACGACGGGCGGCCGCUCGCGGACCGCCGCGAGCUGAUUCUGUACCGGCUGCUGGCGCCGCUGCCGCGCGCGACGGCGGCCGCGUGCAACGCGCACGUGCUCGUGCACGCGUACGCGGCCGACCGCAACGGCCUGCUGAUGACGGCCAACAACCUCGAGUUCCCGCUCAACGACAAGGUCGCGUCCCUCAGCAACACCUUUGUCGUGCACACCAACGUGGCCGGCGCGGCCAUGACGUACUGCCCGCCGGCCGCGUCCGACAACGACCUCGCGGCCGGCUGGUGGAUCCAGGAGGUGUGUUUCCCGCGGGCCGGCGCGGGGCGGGCCAUUAUUCUCAACAAGAUCUGGAGCCCCGAGGGCGUGCACGUGGCCACAGAGUACCAGGACGGGCUGUGCAUCGCGCAUGAGAAGAUGCCAUUCGACUGGAAGCUAUAG